AUGUGGCAACGAAUCACCACAUUCACUGCCUUGCAGCUACAUCCACCACUCGCUCUGCAAAUUCGACGAAUAUCCACUGUCUCGGGCAUAAAUUGGUUCCUUUCCUCUCUGAAAAUCCAUGGAACCAACCUCAGAACAUUGAAGCAAGCUCAUUGUUCAAUGAUCAUAACCGGUUUAAACAGAGACAACCUCAUCGUCGCCAAAUUCGUCGAGGCAUGUUCCAAUUCUGGACAUGUCCGAUAUGCUUACUCUGUAUUCACCCACCAGCCAUUACCCAAUACAUAUCUCCACAACACCAUGAUCAGAUCUUUGUCUCUCGCAGACGAACCCAACGCGCACUCAAUCGCGGUUUUCGUUUACAGAAAGUUUUGGACUUUAUGCUCAAAGCCUGACACUUUUACUUUCCCGUUUGCGUUGAGAAUUGUUGUUCAAUUAUCUGAUAUUUGCCUCGGGAGGCAGAUUCAUUCCCAGACGGUGGUUUUCGGAUUCGAUUCCAGUGUCCAUGUCGUUACAAGUUUGAUUCAGAUGUAUUCUUCGUGUGGUGGUGUGUUCGAUGCACGUAAAGUGUUCGACGAAAUGCGCGUGAGAGACGUUUCUGUUUGGAAUGCGUUAUUAGCAGGUUAUGGAAAAAUGGGUUUGAUGGAUGAAGCAAAGGGUUUGCUGGAGAUGAUGCCUUGUUGGUUGAGAAAUGCGGUUUCUUGGACAUGUGUGAUCUCUGGAUACGCCAAGAGUGGACGAGCUGGAGAAGCCAUUGAAGUGUUUCAGAGAAUGCUGAUGGAGAAUGUAGAACCGGACGAAGUCACGCUUUUGGCUGCACUCUCAGCUUGUGCUGAUCUUGGUUCACUUGAGUUGGGAGAGAGAGUAUGUAGCUACAUUGAUCACCGAGGGAUGAUGAAGAGAGCGGUUUCGUUGAGCAACGCGGUCAUCGAUAUGUAUGCGAAGUCAGGGGAUGUAACAAAGGCGUUGGAGGUGUUUGAGAGUGUUAACGAGAGAAAUGUGGUUACUUGGACGACUAUGAUCACUGGUCUUGCUACUCACGGGCUUGGAGCUGAAGCGUUAGCGAUGUUUAACCGUAUGGUUAAAGCUGGAGUGAAACCGAACGGUGUUACUUUCGUUGCAGUCCUUUCAGCUUGCAGCCAUGUAGGUUUGGUUGAUCUUGGAAAGCGUUUGUUUAGGUUAAUGAGAUCGGAAUACGGGAUUGAACCGAACAUUGAGCAUUACGGAUGUGUGAUUGAUUUGCUAGGACGAGCAGGGAAGCUCCGAGAAGCGGAGGAAGUUUUGAAAGCCAUGCCCUUUGAGGCUAAUGCUGCGAUAUGGGGAUCUCUGCUUGCUGCUUCAAAUGUUCAUCAUGAUCUUGAGCUUGGAGAGAGAGCUUUGAGUCAGCUGAUUAAGUUGGAACCGAAUAACAGCGGUAACUAUAUGCUUUUGGCGAAUUUGUAUGCGGAUUUAGGGAGGUGGGAGGAGUCGAGGAUGAUGAGGAAGAUGAUGAAAGGGGUUGGUGUGAAGAAGAUGGCUGGUGAGAGCUCUAUUGAAGUUGAAAACAGAGUGUGUAGAUUUAUCUCUGGUGAUCUCUCGCAUCCUCAAGUCGAGAAGAUUCAUGAAAUGCUACAGGAGAUGGAUUUGCAAAUACAGAGCAAUGGAAUUUGA